AUGUCUUGGUUUAUUCUUAAAAUCUUCCCAUGCGUCCUUUGUUUCUCGAAAUCUUUCCUUAGAAAACUUUUUCUGGGGUCUGGUUCUAGUAGUAGCCCUUCUGGCGGGAACAAUGAUUUAGUAUACGAACAUCCUCCGGAGUCACAUCCAAGUGCUUCUUCAUCUUAUCCAAUCGAAGUUGUAGUAGAUUCAGUGACUGUCAAACCACAACAUGAACAGUCAGAACAGAGUUCAUCCCAAAGGACUGACCAAGUUUCUCAGAAUUCAAAAGAAUCAGGUCCAUUGCUACCUAUAUUCUCUUCUAAACAACUUACAUUGUCUUGUACACCACUUCAAUCUCCAUCCAAACCAUCUCCAUCUUCCUCAAACAUACCCGAAUCUUCACAGAUAAGCAGCUCAGUGGCAGUCAAGCCACAACAUGUUCAGAGUUCUUCCCAAAGCAUAAAUAAUGAAGUUUCACACAGUUCUAAAGUUUCAAGUCCAGUCCCACCUACAAUUUCUUCUAGACCACUUCAAUCUCCAUCUAAACCAUCUGCAUCUUCCUCUAACCUUUGGCUUUACCAUCAAUCUCAAUUGCCACCUACAUUUUCUUCUAACAGUUCAAAUCCAUUGCCACCUACAUUUUUCUCUCGACAACCUGCAGAUUCCUCAAACCUAUCCCAAUCUUCAUCAAAACCACCUCCCUUGUCUUCUAGUCCAUCUCCAUCAUCCCUUAAAACUCCAGUUGAUUCUUCCAUAUCAUAUGCAUAUUUCCCCAAGACCACUGAACCCCCAUCAGCUUCUUCUUCUCCAACUUCCUAUAAACCACCUCAAUCUUCACCUUCAGUGGUCCCAUAUUCAUCCAAGCCACCUCCUUCCUCUGGGCCACCUCUGUAUUCCACUAAGAAAUCACCAGUUUUUAAGCUAAUUCUGCAUACAGCUCCCAAUAAUAACAAAUGA